CGCUCGACGGUAUGUAACUGUCGUCACACGUUUCACCGUGAACGUAAAAACGCGUUAAAAAUCCCAAAAAACCUUUAAAAAAAAAUAUACCCCCAUUUUUUUACCCCGAUAAAGCCCAAUCCACCCCUCACCCCCCAGUCAAUCAGAAGUACAACCCCCAGUAACCACUAAUUUGUUGAAAAAAAAAUGUGAAUAGUCGGUGCUCCGAGUGGUGUAACAACUGAAAUUUUCUUUGUGAAUGAAAGUUGUGAAAAAUCACUGGAAAAUGACAGAAAAUGGUUGAUAAAUAAUCGUGCUGUUGACGCUUGUGACAAAUCGAGUGGAAAAUUAUCGAUGGAUUAAAUGACGUACGUGAACUCCUGGGAUUAUUAAAAAUCAGGAACAAUAAUGGAUAAACCCUGAUGAUCUGACGAGUACCUAAAGAGGGAUUGAAAUAAUUUAGUGUUACACAUCGGUGUGUAUAGAAGGCGUUGCAGCAGUUGGAAGACCAAGAGCAACGUCCCAAAGUGUUCGUAAACGUCUCACCUACAUUAAAAAAAAAUUCUCAUUUUAUAAUUUACAAAUGACAAGGACAGAGGUACCAUAAACAUCAUAAUCCCGUAAAUAACGAUAAAAUAAUAAAAAUUGAUAAAUAAAAACUAGUGAAUGGUGACGAUAAUCAUUAGUCGAGAGGAAAAUAAAUUUCGCAUCAGAGAAAAUCAGGAGUCAUGAAUAAACAAGUCAACAAUUCGUGGGAUUUGGAUGCUAAUGUCCAUAAAAAUCUAGUGAUUAAGUGAAUAAUACGGAUUAUCCCUGGUCCUGGCUCAUUAAUUUAACAUGAUUAAAUUGUGGACUGGAGGAUUAUCACGUGAAAAAGUGAUGUGUUAUUAUGGGAUCAUAUCCCCAGUGGUGAUAUAAUCGUCGUAACAACGAUUGAUUAAUCUAUUUAUGAAUAAUAACGAAGAAGGACGAAGGAAUUGUUGAGUGUGAAAUAAAAUUUUAAUUUCAACAUUAAGAAAACGAAAAAGAGAAGAAGAAAAAAAAAACAAAGUGCCAACACUGCAGAUGGAUAAACAGGGAUGACUGACAAUUGUUGGAAUUCUGGUGGUGGCGCUGGCGUCAAGAUGGAGCACUUUCAGACCACCCUGGACCCCAGGAAGCAGGAGUUACUGGAGGCCCGGUUUCUUGGAGCGAGGGGUGGUCGUAACAACGGUCCGAGUAAAAAUGCGGUGGACAGCGCGCAGUCGUCGGUACCUAGCGCGGUUAAGUGCGGACAACCCACUACCCCGGGAAUAGACUGGACAAGGCGCGACAAUGCCCCACCCUCCCGUGAUCAACGUAACUCUUCCUCGAGCACAACUGCCCACGGCCAACUAUCUCAGAUGUCUGCUGGUUCACAAAUUCAGAUGGCACCCCAAUCAACCGUGAACUCUGGUCAGUCGGUUCAUAGUCAAGACUCAAAUAUGAGUACUGGCUCGUCGCACAGCGACAAGGAGGUAGAUCCAAACACACCUGAGAAGGUACCACGUAGCACGGGAGAGAGAAAGAGAAAACGUAAAAUUGAUGAUGGAGGUGGUGGUGGUUCUGGUGGUCCAGUUAGUUCUAAGGGUGCUCGAUCAGCACCAGCAUUGGAUAAAAAAAUCAACGAGUAUUUUCCAAAACAUCACCUAGGCAGUAGUCCAAUUAGGCAUGGAGGCGCUAAAAGUCCAUCGCCGCAGUAUCCUAUGUAUCCACCAUCGACUCAACCACUAGUAUCAUCCCAAUCGACAACGCCAAACGCCUCGGGUGCUGAAUUUUCAUCCCUGAUGCAACCACCACGACCUCAAAUACAGCCCCCACCUCCACCAUCGGCAACAGCACAACCUGCGGGCUCAAUGGUCAGCAAGCAGGUUCAGGUAAGGCCCACGAACCUACCUAGGACAAGCCAGGUCAGGCAGGCGAAGACAAACACCCCAAAUACGGAACUCACUUGUCAGAGGAUACAGGAAUUUGAGUCUCAGGCAUCGUCAGAUUUAGAACUACGUAAUAAUAAAAUUGACGAAUUGAAUAGAACAACCGAAGAAUUAAGGCAUCAAAUGGCGAAUCAGCAAAAAAUUCUAGAACAGCACAAAUCUCAUAUAAAUAAAUGUAUAGACGUUGUAAAGAAACUGCUUAAAGAGAAAUCAAAUAUCGAGAAGAAAGAGGCUAGACAAAAAUGCAUGCAAAAUAGACUGAGACUUGGACAAUUUGUAACCCAGCGUGUUGGUGCUACGUUUCAAGAGAAUUGGACAGAUGGUUAUGCAUUUCAAGAAUUAGCGCGUAGACAGGAGGAGAUAUCGACUGAGCGGGAGGAGAUUGACAGGCAAAAAAAAUUAUUAUUAAAAAAGAGGCCAUCAAAUAGUGAGACUGGUCGUAAACGUAGUCAACCACAACCAUCACUGCAUAAUGGUACUGAAGCAACAUUUUUGAAGCCUGAUGCUGUGCCUGGAUCAUACACGUGGCAAGAAUAUUACGAGGCAGAUGAAAUACUCAAAUUACGUCAGAGUGCAUUGAAAAAAGAGGACGCCGAUCUGCAACUUGAGAUGGAAAAAUUGGAGAGAGAACGAAAUUUACAUAUUAGGGAAUUAAAAAGAAUACACAAUGAGGACCAAUCACGUUUCAAUUCACAUCCAGUACUGAAUGAACGUUACCUAUUACUUAUGUUAUUAGGAAAGGGUGGAUUUAGUGAGGUACAUAAAGCAUUUGAUCUCAAGGAGCAGCGGUAUGUUGCGUGUAAGGUACAUCAAUUGAAUAAAGACUGGAAAGAGGAUAAAAAGGCCAAUUAUAUUAAACAUGCGUUGAGGGAGUACAAUAUUCAUAAAGCACUCGAUCAUCCCAGAGUUGUCAAGCUUUAUGAUGUUUUUGAGAUUGAUGCCAAUUCAUUUUGUACAGUUUUGGAAUACUGUGAUGGUCAUGAUCUUGACUUUUAUCUUAAACAGCAUAAAAUGAUCCCUGAGAGAGAGGCAAGAUCGAUUGUUAUGCAGGUUGUAUCAGCGUUGAAGUACCUUAACGAAAUAAAACCACCGGUCAUUCAUUACGACCUCAAACCAGGUAACAUUCUGUUGACUGAGGGAAAUGUUUGUGGGGAAAUCAAGAUUACAGACUUUGGGUUGAGCAAAGUUAUGGAUGAGGAGAAUUACAAUCCUGAUCAUGGGAUGGACUUGACGUCGCAGGGAGCUGGAACGUAUUGGUAUUUACCACCAGAGUGUUUUGUAGUUGGGAAAAACCCACCUAAAAUAUCGUCAAAGGUUGACGUAUGGAGUGUAGGAGUUAUUUUCUAUCAGUGCCUCUAUGGUAAAAAGCCAUUUGGCCAUAAUCAGUCACAGGCGACUAUAUUGGAGGAGAAUACAAUAUUGAAAGCGACUGAAGUGCAGUUUGCGAAUAAACCGACAGUUAGCAACGAAGCUAAGAGUUUUAUACGAAGUUGUCUGGCAUACAGAAAAGAGGAGAGAAUCGAUGUACUGACAUUAGCAAGACACGAAUACCUCCAGCCACCAGUGCCAAAGCACGGACGUCAAGCAAAUAGUCAACAGCAGCAACAGGCCCAACAGCAGCAACAACAACAAAUACAGCAGCAACAGCAACAACAGCAACAGACCUCAUUCACGACUGGAAUGUUCAGUGGGAUGAAUGCAUCGAGCAGCUCGUAGUGAAAAACAUGAAAUAAUGCAGAAUUUGUUCUUGUUAUUUUUUUUUUCGUUUUUUUUUUAUAUU